AUGGGCAACUCGAUCUCAUACACUUCGUCCGACUGUCAUGUCGACCUCUUAAACGAUGCAGGAACUAUGAAAGGUCGACAAUUCGAUUCCAAGUCUCGCAGGUUCGCAGGCAUUCCCUACGCCCUGCCUCCAGUCGGCGACCAGAGGUGGCGAAAACCAGCCCCUCUCCCCCAGAAUUACAUCUACUGCGAGGAAGGCUGCGAGGAAGGCGGCUCUCCGUACGAUGCCACUUGCUUCGGUCCAGUCUGUCCUCAGGCCAAUUACUCCAAAAUUGUCAGCGAGCACGCUCCCAAACAUAAAUAUGACGAGGACUGCCUCAGACUCAACAUCUGGACCCCUGUUCCAGAACCUCAAGGCCCAAUUACGAAAUGGCCCGUCAUGGUCUGGUUUCAUGGCGGAUGGUUUCAAGUCGGUGAUCCAAGCCAAGAAGAAAGCAUGGAUCCUACCGAGCUAAUAUCCACGGGCAACCUCCAAGCUGUCUUCGUCGCGGUAGGUUAUCGCCUCAAUGUUUUUGGCUUUCUAGCCGGAAGUGCCCUCCGUGACGAAUCCACUGGCAAAGCCGUGGGCAACUACGGCCUUUGGGAUCAGCGCCUUGCCAUGGAUUGGGUCUACAACAACAUCGCUGCCUUCGGCGGUGAUCCAGAGAACAUCGUUCUCGCUGGACGCAGCGCAGGGGCGUAUUCGGUCCUAGCCCAAGCUCUCUAUGACUUCCGUGGCGAAGAAUCACACGGUCGCUUUACGAGAAUGAUCAUGUAUUCCAACUCCAUUUCCACGCAGCCGAAAACACCAGAGGACUGUGAAGAGCAGUUUGAAGAGCUUUGUGCGUUAUUUGACAUCCCAGCGGAUUUGACUGGAGCCGAAAAGAUGCGACUGCUGCGAGAUAUCAGUGCAGAAGAGCUCUGUUCUGGAAUCAUGAAGUUGAAGCAUCAUACUUUUCGCCCUGUUACGGACGGCCUCUUCAUUCAUCCAGGCAUUUUUGACUACUUUCAAGAUGGGUCUUUUGCUGCGGAAUUCAGGAAGCGAGGCCUCAAGAUUUUCAUUGGUGAGGUACAGGAUGAAGAUACGCUAUACGCCGUCACAAAUCCUCCCGAUGCCCAUAUCAAUUCACUGCAUUUGCAGGUUUCCAACUAUUAUCCACAGACAACAACAAAGCGCCUCCUUCAGCACUAUCGUGUACCCGACUCGGCGGAUCAACGUGACUGGCAAGGAAUAUUCGGACGCAUCAUCGCUGAUGGUCAAGUCAGAGCUCCUUCGCGGUAUUUGGUCAACAACCUGUUGGAGAGACGAGUGGGGAUGGACAGCGUGUGGCGUUAUCUCAUCGCCUACCGCCUCUCAUUCAUCACAAAUGAGGUUGCUCCGGUGGCUUUUGGCGUCAGUCAUGCGAUGGACAGGCCAAUCUGGAACUACUCAAUUACUCAUGGGCCCACUGAAACGGAACUACCACUGAUGAAUGCUUGGAUCCGUGACCUGCGUGCUUUCGUUCACGACGAAGAGGGCUAUAGCUAUGGAACUACAAGGGGAGAUGAGUACAAGGUGAUGACUCGGGAGGGGGUUAUUAGAAUUGAGGAGGAUAAACGUUGGAGCGAGUUGCUACAGGUUAUGGAUAUUUUUCGUGGCAUGUCGCACCAAUCCGGGAAGAUUUAG